ACCGGUGAUAGUGUUUUGCCUGGAAAUAACGGAAUGAAAGACCAAGUAGCAGCAUUGAAGUGGAUACAACAAAACAUUGUUGCGUUUGGUGGUAACCCCAACAAUGUCACAAUCACUGGCUUGUCGGCUGGUGCAAGUUCUGUGCAUUACCAUUUGAUUUCACCGAUGUCUAAAGGAUUAUUUAAUCGAGAAAUACUUCAAAGUGGAAGUGAAUUCUGUCACUGGUCGUAUACUGAAAACGUUGCUCAAAAAACAAAGCAUGUUGCAAACAUGCUGGGAUGUCCAACAAACAAUUCCGUGGAUAUGGUUGAAUGCCUUCGUUCUAGACCAGGAACGUCCAUUACAAAAUCAAUUAUAAACUUCAUGCCAUGGAAAUAUAAUCUUUUUUCACCGUUUGGUCCAACCAUUGAAGUAGAAGGAGACGAAAAAUUCUUACCUGAUAUCCCAGAAAAACUUGUUCCAUAUGACAUUCCAGUGCUCAUGAGUGUUACCCAAGAUGAGGGUCUUAGUACUGCUUUAUAUAUUAUCUACGAAAAUGGUAUUAAUGAACUAAAUAAUAAUUGGAAUGAAUAUUUACCACAUCUUCUUGAUUAUAAUUACACGAUUUCAAACGAGAAUUUGAGAUCCAAAAUUGCCCAAGAUAUAAAAGUAUUUUACUUUGAUGACAAAAUAAUAUCAAAAGAAACUAUAAGCAAUUUUGUAGAAAUGAUUUCAGAUAGAACAUUUGGAUAUGCUGUGAGUAAAGCAGCUCAGCAUAUUGCUGCAAAGAUUACAGCACCUGUAUAUUUUCAUGAAUUUGGAUACAAUGGUAAUUAUUCUGUUAUAGCUAGUUUCGAUCCAAAAUCAUACUCCCGUGGAUCAAACGUAACUUAUUGUGAUGAAAUCAUAUAUUUAUUAAACAUUAAUGGAUUCUCUGUUCACGACAAUGAAGAAGAUACAAAGAUGAUCGAAACUAUGGUUAAUAUUUGGGCAACCUUUAUUAAAAAUGGAGCGCUAGAUAUAGGAAAUUCAGAAAUUUGGUUACCAGUUUCUAAGAAUCCAGCAGAUCCUUUCAGGUUCGUUAAGAUUACUCAACAGCAAAGUUUGAAGCCAGAGAACAAUCGAACCAUCGAAAUUAUGCAUUUUGGAGUAGUUUACCAUUAACAGAGUUUUGUGAAGGUUAAUGUGCUAAAGACAUAAAAUCUUAAAUAUAGUCAUUACGGUAUAAGGUAUUCAUAUUUUAAUUGAAAUGUUAUAUACGGAUAACAAACAGAAUAUAUUGUGGUUUCGACUUGUGAAGUCAAAUUUGAAUCAGUUAUUAUAUUUGAAAAGUAAAAAAAAGGUGGGUAAGUGGAUGUCGCUCUGCUGUACAGUAGGUUACAAGUGGGUCACUGU